UGAUCCGGGAGGAGGUUUGGCGCUAGAUUGAGCUCAGUGAGUGUGCGGAGGAGGACAGACAGAGACACACAGAGGGCUUCAGGACAAGAUAACACUCUACUUUCAACUGAGAAGACUUCGUACAACUUUUUAUUCAGACUGAACGCAACAUGCCCAGCACACGCUCUCAGGGCCGGGCUCAGCCCACGCUGUCCUUCCCUCGCCGCAAAUCCUGCAGAGUUCCCCCACGCACCAAGACGCCGCAGCUGGACAAAUCUCCAGCUCCGUCACCAUCCAAGCCCAGACAUCAGCACCUUUCCCCGGCCCUGACCAGCAUCGGACCGCUGUCCCCGAGACGCCCCGCUAACCAGCCCAUCCCUCUCUCCCCGAGACGACCGGUCACCCACCUGUCUCCUCUGUCCCCCAGACGACCUGCAGCCCAGCCAUCAUCUCCCAGUCUCCAGCAACGACUUCCUCUCAGCCCCCGAAAACGCACAGGUGACGACAAUGGUUGUAACCUCGGCGCCGGCCUGCUCGGUUCACCGCCAAAGCAGAGCAAGCCGACUCUGGCCUCUCCCAGAAAGCUCGGCUUUGACGAGAACUCGCCAGUCUCAGCUCGCCGACAGCUGGUACCGCCCUCGUCACCACGGCAGCCACUGUCUCCCACCUCCAGAUCAUCUCCGAGGAGACAGGAGACGCCUGCUGGAAGUCCGGCACGCCAAAACUCAGAGAGGAAGCAGCCAGUCGUUCGGCUCUUUGCAGAAAAGUCGAGGUUUCUGAACGUGAAGCAGGCACUCCACACCGCCAUCCCUGAGCGGCUCCUGUCCAGGGAGUCCGAGCGGGCGUCUAUUCGGUCUUUCCUGGAGGAGAAGGCCAUGCAGCGGGUCCCUGGCAGCCUCUACAUCUCCGGAGCUCCAGGCACCGGCAAGACGGCCUGCCUCAACUGUGUGCUGCAGGAGAUGAAGGCCGAGCUGUCGUCGGUACAGACGGUGGUGGUGAACUGUAUGAGUCUGCGGAGCUCCCAUGCCAUCUUCCCGCUGCUCGCCGACAAGCUGAGAGCGCCUGGCGGGCAGAACGGACUGCAGAGGUUCCUGACGGCCCCGGGGCCCGCUGUGCUGCUGGUUCUGGAUGAGAUGGACCAGCUGGACAGCAAAGCUCAGGACGUCCUCUACACCAUCUUUGAGUGGCCGUACCUGCCAAAGUCUCGUCUCUGUCUCGUCGGUAUCGCCAACGCUCUGGAUCUGACCGACCGCAUCCUGCCCAGACUGCAGGCUCGCCCUCACUGUCGCCCGCUGCUGUUACACUUCCCUCCCUACAGCCGGCAGGAGCUCGCCGCCAUCGUACAGGACAGACUCUCGCAGGCGUCAGCUGAAGGCAUCCUCGACGCCUCGGCUGUUCAGUUCUGUGCCAGAAAAGUGUCUGCGGUGUCGGGAGACGCCAGGAAAGCUCUGGACAUCUGCAGGAGAGCUGUUGAGGUCGUGGAGUCUGAUGAGAGGAAGAAAACAUCUGAUCCAAAAGCUGAAACUAAAGCAACGCGGGUCAGCCUCCCUCAGGUUGCACGGGUGCUGUCGGAGGUUUACGGCGACCGAAUGGCGUCACAGUGCAGCGACGGCGGCAGCUCUGACGGAGAGAGUUUCCCCCUGCAGCAGAAGCUGCUGGUCUGCUGCCUGCUGCUGCUCAUACGCAACGGGAAGAGCAAAGAGAUCGUCCUUGGAAAGCUCCAUGAGGUUUACAGUCGUCUGUGUGCGCGGCGGCAGGUGUCAGCGGUCGGACAGGGCGAGUGUUUGUCUCUCUGCAGUCUGCUGGAGAGUCGAGGAAUCUUCUCUCUGAAGAAAGCCAAAGAGGCUCGUCUCACUAAGGUGUUUCUAAAGAUCGAGGAGAAAGACAUUGAAAACGCUCUGAAGGAUCGGACGCUGCUGGGAAGCAUCCUCGCCGCAGGACUCCCCUCCUGAUCACAUAUUUAUUUUUUUAUGAACUAAGAUUUUUUUCAGUGGUUUUAUUUUUUAAUUCUCGUUUUUGCCGAGAGUUUGUACAGAAUUUUUAAUGACAGUGUCACUCUAAAUCUUUUUGUAUUUUAUUUGCUUUUCUCGUGCUGGUUUUGAUGCUCAGUUUUUGAGUUGUUAAAAUGUUGAACUCACACGUCAGUCUUGAAAUUACAGCGUUUUGUUUCAGUUUGGAUUUGAAACAUUUUCCAUUAUUAUGCUGUAAAUAAACAGAUG